AUGACAAACUAUAUCAAUCUCAAAGGUGCAUUUAACAUUACAAAAAAGGAGCAGGACACACACGGAACUUUAAAAAAUCAGAUGUUGGAUCAGGUGCCAUUGAGGAAUGAUAUAUCAGCAUUUAAACCAACAAAACAACAAGGUCUUCAAAGAACGGAUUUGGCAGAGAACGCUGUAGACAGAUCUUUAUCCACAUGUUCUUCUACAUAUUUAUCUAAUCCAGCAUGGUGGUAUGUGGAUCUCCAGAAAGUCAAAAGUAUUUAUGACGUACAGAUUUACUUCAGGCUUUAUAAUAAGAGCUAUGUACAGACUUCAGUCUUUUACACGAGGCUUACUUGUGCCUACAGUCAUUCAGGAUCGGAGUUACCCGAUCUUAACGUCACUCAUAUAUGUGUUUCAUUCGGUCGGUAUGUAUUUUUCUAUAACGAAAGAGGAGUCCCUGGUGUGACGUAUCCAAACGGGGUCAAUCAAAAAGAAACAUACACACAGCUAUGUGAAGUAAUUGUACAAGGUUGUACCAGAGAUGAUGCUUAUGGACAACUCUGUAAUGAAACCUGUCCCUCACACUGCCAAGAAAGAAGGUGUUACGUAACUAAUGGGACUUGUGUUGGAUGCAUCGAUGGCUGGAUCGGGGAAAAAUGCCUUGAUGCUUGUCCAGCUGGAUUUUAUGGAGCAGAGUGCAACAGAACAUGUUCAGUCAGAUGUCAAGAAAAAUCUUGUAAUCACGUGACUGGUCAUUGUUCAGGAUGUAUUUCAGGAUGGAUGGGAUAUGAUUGCAAUGAAAGAUGUAGGUAUGGGACAUACGGAGAAAAUUGUAAAAGGAAUUGUAGCGGAAACUGUGCAAACCAGGAGGAUUGUAACAAAGAGAGCGGAGAUUGCAAUGCAGGGUGUGUACGGGGUUAUAGAGGCUCUAAAUGUGAAGAAGAAUGUGAUUUUGGUACUUAUGGGGCUAAUUGUACAAAUCUCUGCAGUGGAAACUGCUUCGAAAAUAAAACCUGUAAUAAGGUUUAUGGAGAAUGUAUGGAUGGAUGUAGGGAAGGGUUUAAGGGAAUUUA